GUCAUAUAAAAUUAUAAAGCCACUAACAAAUAUCCUUCUGGAGGGGAAUCAAUAAAUCCGAUUGAAUUAUAUAAUUAAAUUUUACUGAACCCGUUUACACUUGGGAAUAUUUACGGACUCGAAACUGACGCCUACAAGCGUUAUUUAUUACUGACGCCGGCCAUAUUUUAUGGCCAUUUUGUUUUAUUAAGAUUCAUUAUGUAACUCGCCGUCAGUUAUUUUUUAUUGCUAGAAAAUGACUAAAACGAUUGAUAAUUUAUAAAGCCCUCGCGAUGUUUUGUAAUCACGGCCCUUCCGACGUGGCCGAGCCUCUAGACGGCCGUCACUUAACUGAUGGCGUCGCAAAUUCGAACCUUCAAAUUCGGUAACGGCGUUCACACAGCGAACUAAUCGAAUGCGUUCCUUUGGAACGGUAACGAAAUACUUAUUUCACACAACGCCGGUAAAAACGAUUCUAACGUGCCAUUUCCUAAUCUGCAAUUGCAACUCUCGCAGCGUACAAAUUGGAACGGUAAUCGCUUCGCUGACUUCCUAGAGUGUGCCUUGCUCACUGCAUUGACUGCAUGCUUCGUUGACAAUGGUCGUUAUUGUCUUUUUGUUGAUAUUACGGGUUUAUUUAAGUGAAAUUGGAUAAAUGGUCAUCUCACGAUAUUUCGCUAUUCAAUCCUGUUCGGUGCACCGACCGUGCGGCGCGGGCUCGCAGCGCUAUAGUAGCCUCGGCUUCAAAUACGACUAAAACUUAGGAAUGAAUUAAGUAUACACAGACUGACAACAAAAUGUGAAAUAAAUUUCUAACGUAGUGUUACAGUGUUCCUUGGGACUCGUAUGCUGGUCUAGAUAUCUAGAUAAGUGUGUGAUAAGACUGAGAAAUGGAUUUGAGUAAAUACCUUACAGUGCUGGUGGUGCUCCUGGUGGACGGUGGCGAGAGCGGUGGACACGGAGGGAAACAUCAUGAUCAUGUGAAACUGCAUGUACCCGAGUUUAUUCACCACGACCACCAUACAAAAGUGAUAACGAUUCACCAUCAUCACCAUAAACCAAAAAAGGAACAUCAUCACCACCACCACCACCAUCAUCAUAAGCCCCACAUUCCUCAUGGACAUCACUACCAUCAUGUAAAGAAGGUGCAUACAAAGAAGACGGAGAGCAAAGGCCACCAUGGUCACCAUGGCCAUCACGGACAUCACGGUCACCAUCACAAAAACCAUGGGCAUCAUGGACAUCACGGGCACCACGGCCAUCACGGCCACCACGGUGGUCAUCACCAUCACGACAGCCCCUCGUAUUUCCCUCACCACGAUGCUCCUUCGAUCAGCUACGACCCCACACCCACGACCUUCGAAGAGGACUUCGGUGGCUACAGCCCAGCAGUGACGGCUUACGGUGCGCCCGCAUUCAUCCCUCGGACACCACAGGUCCAUGGCAUAACGCACACUGUCAAACAGGUCAAAGUGUUCGAUUCGUUACCAGGUGGCAUACCGAGUAUCACAAAUGGACACGCCGCCGGCGGUGGAGGCUAUCAAGUGACAGAGGAAGGAGAAGAGGAAGACGACGAUUUUACAGCAAUAGACGGACUUCAACAGAGUUAUCCUGGAACGUUCGCUUUUGUGCGAAACGCGGCACCGGACCUAGCAUCUAACGAUAUAUUCUCCUCGCUACCUCCCCAAAGCACAAGUCAGGCUGCCAAUCACGAUCCAUUUGCAGAGUCUCCUACACCUACGGCUUUUAGCGGAAAUGAAUUCACCAGCCCCUCAGCUCAGGCUCCGCUGUCCUCUUUAGUGCCAACUAAUAAUGUUAUCCCUAGCGCUGAAUCGACUCCCGAGUUUCCGGUGACAUUCCAGGUGGAGCCGACCGGGUUUGACGAUCCCGCGAAUGCGUUUGCAGGGGCUCAGGCCGGCAGCACACCGCUGUCGCCUGAGGACAAGGCGGUUAACGACAUCGUGUCCUACUCGAGGGUCGCCGGCAUACAACAAACUAUUAAUACCGGAGGACACGAAACUGUGGUUUAUUAGUACUUAUUAUUUAUACCAUAUUUAAUUCAUGUGUAGGUAUGUAUAUCAACAACGCCACAUUUUGUGCGGUCUGUUCAAUCGUUCUUAUAUAAAUAAAUUAAAUAAUGUAGAACAAGAAUACUACUGAG